CAGAGAAACAUUUUUUUAAGGAGGAUGAUUGUGGACAAAUAACAGGUUUGUCAUACUUUGUUCAUGUUGAAACAUACAUUCUAUAAUGGAUACGAGCAUGCUGCAACUUAAACUUUAAUGCAGAUGUUUUGUUCUGCCUAAAAAGAAACACAUGCCCAGUUACAGCAUGUCGUCUGCUUCAUUACAUUUUCUAUUACUAACCCCCCACACUCUUUAUAACCCCCAUUCCACAACAAUAAACAUCAAGCCAGAUGUUGAUUGGCUGUGCUAAUGAUAAGGCAUGACACAGUAAAGGAAAACAAGGUUGUUAAAAAGCAGAUGUCUGUACCGGUUCACAGAUGGCAUUCAUAUUGACAUGGCUUGAGGUGAUAUGUUACAAUGUAGGUUCUGCAUGCAAGUAGAAAAAAAAUAUGCUCUAAUGAGUAUGGGUGGCUGGGUCUGCAGCUGCAGCCAGAGAGAGAGGGGGGGCUAUUUACUCUAUACAAACAACAUAGUCUACUCAUUCUGAGAAAGACACAGGGGACGAGAGCGAGAGAGGAGGCAUCGUCUCUGAUCAAUCAACUGUGAACAUGCGGACAGUGGUUCUCCUCCUCAUAGUGGGACUAGUGCAUUUGAGCAUUGCCCAGCAUUACAGUCCGUUCCAGUGGCUGUCCCAUCUGCGAGGGCGACGGCGGCAUGCUGGCUGGCAGGUUGAGGAUGUGGACUGCCCACUGGAGUGUGACUGCCCUUCAACCUACCCCACGGCUAUGUACUGUCACAGCCGCAACCUUCAGCAUGUUCCCUACGUCCCCUCACAUAUUAAGUACGUCUACCUGCAGCGUAACCAGAUCACAGGCAUUCAGGAUGGGGUGUUUGACAACGCUACCAACUUGGUCUGGGUUGUGCUGUUUCACAACCAGCUCAACUCAGACAAGAUCGGCAAGAACGUAUUCAGCAAGCUCAAGCACCUGGACCGGCUUUUAUUGGAUCACAAUGAGCUCACACGUAUGCCUCCCAACUUGCCAAAGUCUAUAACGGACCUUCGACUUGGCCACAAUAAGAUCUCAAAAAUACCCUCCAACUCGCUGGAGGGUAUGGUAGACCUCACCACCCUUCACCUCUACGCAAAUGUCAUAGAGGAUGUUGGAGGUGUGUUCAAGGGACUGAAGUCUCUGACCAUGCUGGAUAUAAGGAAAAACAAGCUGAGGAAAAUCCCUGACAACCUCCCUGAGACGCUGCAGCAGCUCUACUUGGAGUAUAAUGAUAUAGAAAGCGUGCCGACGGGCUUUCUCACCAUGUAUCCCAAACUGCAGUUUGUUCGGUUGGCGCAUAACAAGCUGACAGAUAAAGGACUUCCCUCCAAUGUCUUCAAUAGCAGCACGCUGGUUGAGCUCGAUCUUUCUUUCAAUAAACUGGAGAGAAUCCCUGUUGUCAGUAGGAACCUGGAGAACCUUUAUUUACACGCCAAUAAGAUCAAAGAGUUUUCCCUGAGCAGUUUCUGCACCGCAGUUGACAUGACAAACUUCUCCAAGCUGCGAAUGCUGCGUUUGGAUGCCAAUGAGAUCAGCGCCAAAGACAUUCCUGCUGAAGCUGCCUACUGUUUGCGGCAUAUUGCCUUCAUUGAUGUGUAGCACUUCCUGAUAUUUCCUGCUGAGUUGUCUCGGCUCAUCCAGGGUCUGUAACAUCCGAGAUGUUCAGUCCCCUCUAUAAAAACUGUUUUCUGAGAUAACGUGUUGUUAAACCUUUAUAAAAGCAAAUUAUUAAAAAGUUCCACUAUUAGUCAACAGGAAAUUCCACAGCUGCAUAAUCACUUAAUGAGAUCACGGGCAUAUGGAUGACAGAGAGGAACAACAAAAGGCCAGAUGACUGACAUAUUUUCAACAAACUAAUUUGAUUAUCAGUUUCAGUAUUCUGCCAAAAAUAAAACUAUUUGGUUAAAAUAGGUUGUAGCUGAUAUUAAAAAGUUCUUCUUCUCACAUGUCUGGCAAAGUAUACAUUUAAAAAACUGACAAUCAUCAGUAUUACACUCAGUUUGGAUCUUUGCCUCCACCAUGUGGCACAAGGUGAUAAAACAGCAAGUUCAGCUGAAAUGACUCUUUAUUAUUAUUAUUAUUAUUAUCUGGCAACACUCACUUUAUCAGGUACACGUGAAAAGAGAUCCAAUAUAAAUCAAAUAAUACAAAGAUCAUCUUUAUUUUUGAUUGACACAAUCAGAGAGGUAUUAAUGGAACUUUAUGUUUAUGAUUGAGUCUGUAGUUUACAAAGGUGUUCACGCUCCCUUAAUAAUAAACAUAAAGUAGAAUUAUUAAAUUUCUGACAGUGUCAACAAAAGCUGAAAAACUGCAAGUAUGAUUCAUGGCAGAGUUGUUGUACAAGUGUAAAUAAAGUGGCCCGUAAGGCAGCAAUAAAUUUGCAGUUUGAUUGUGCUCGCUAACAUAGCUUAUUCAGUACUUUUACUUUACUUUUCUAUCAAGCUUUCAGUAUUUAAACUUGUUUUUAUCAGGUUUUUGUGAUUAGAACGGAUAAAAAAAUUUUUUUAAACGUAUUCCUAAUCAAAUGUGCCUCUGAAUUAUUAUAUAUCAUGUGUCAAGACUGUUAUAACUGUAUCUAAUUACUGUUACCUAAUUUUUAGUUGUUUAGUAACAAGUAACUUUUUAAGACUUUUUGGGGCAUAAUUUCUCAUAUCUGACACACAGACAGAAAGUCAGCAAGCUAAUGUCAGGAACAGUUUAUAUCGACUUGGAAAGCCAUGAAACGUACAUUAUUAUAUCAUGUGAAUCUUUUAUCUACAACUUUGUGCCUUUUAUUAUAUCUGAGCAAUAAAUAUUUGUUUCCAGACUUAUUUGCCCCCGACUGUCGACAGUGACAUAUUUUUAACAACAUGUUCUGCUUCCUCUAAUUUGAAGGUAAAAGCGUUGAGAGGUCGGGAGAGAGAAAAGGGGGCAGCAGCUCUUACAACUGGUCUU